GGUAAAUAAGGAAGCAGACGAUGUAUUUUCACAUGAGACAAAAUGAAGGGAACAAUAGUGUUCGAUGGCAUGAACGACGUUGUUUUUGUUGCUGCAGAUGAAGAAUUUACAGCAUAUGUAAAUAAGCAAGGCAGAGAAACAGGUCUUAUAGAGCCAGAGGCAGUGGAGACUCACACCAUAGACCCAAAUGUCGCUGUUCAGCUGUUCUCACCUUUGGCUGCUUCUCAGAGAUUUAUGGUAGCACAGCUCAAGAAUCCUUAUUCCUCUGUGAGAUGUGAAAAUGGAUUUCUGUUUGUCUUUAAACAGUUUGGGGAUCAGCUUCACUUGGCUGUAAAUGGAGAUGGAACUGAAUCAGAAGAUUUUCUUAACAGAAAAUUAUCAGUAUUUCAGAAAUUAAAUGGGGUUUUAUAUGGACCAGUGUCAGAAGAAAUAAAACCAGAGAACUCUCAGGAAAGAAGACAGAGGCAUAGGUUCCUCAGGUGUCUUCUGAACACAUGGGUGGAUCUGUACAGAGAAGAACAGUCUUUCCUGAUGGAGGCUGUGGAGAGACUGAAUGUUACCCAGGUGGUCAAUGAGAGCUGUAUUAAAUCCUUGGAGACUGUGAUGGAGAAGAUGACUUCGGCAGGGGACAAGCAUGUUCAGCACGCCCUGCUGCUGGUCAACUCCAAACUCCUCGCUCUCUACUCCAGUCGUAACGCAGUGGAGUUGCAGCCCAGUGAUGUUUUGGCCAUCAUUGUGCUGGUACAGAGCAUGCUGCCUUCAGAGGAGAAACUUGAGGACUUGUUCUCAUACUCCUGUCGACAGAGAAGGUAUUCUGACACUGACAAAAACUUUGGUGUCAUUUACAUCCCUCAGCGAGAGCGAUAUGACAGUGCUCUUGAAGGGGAUGAUGAGGACUCAUCUGAGGAAGUGGAGUAUUACAGUCCAUGCACCACCCCGGUGAAGGAGGAGGUGGAGGAUAGUGACUCUCCUGGGGAAAGUCAAAACACACAAAGCAACACAGAACUUAGUGGUAGUGCAUCUCCUUACCCCAAAGUGUCCAUGCAAGGCUCUGAAGAUUACUAUUUCACUCCAAGAGAGACUGAAAGUAACACAGAGGCUGCUAACCCUUUGGUGGGUGGGGCUGCAGCUGCCCAGCCACUGCCCAUUUCCCCGCGGGCAUCUCCUCUGGAGCAUCCUGACUACCAGCGCUUACCGGUCUUUCUCAAUAAUCCGGGCUGUCCAUACACUCCACACAUCCUACACUGUGUCAAGGUGUUGCCAGGCAUGGUCCUAGUCAUUGUCUCUCAGUCGUCACGAGCCAGUCACAGUGCCACACUCUGUCGCACGAUGAACUUGCUAAAGGAGGUGUUAGCAGGAAACUCCAGUGCUGUCCUCAGGGAGCACGGAGGAGAGUUGUAUGAGGCUCUGGAAACAAACAUGGCUAAGGUCAUAGGCUUGUUGAAAAAGCUUCCAUGGGACAGGUUACAGAAAGAUGUUCGCCAACGAUGGGCAGACUGCAAGAGAAAUAACAUUGACCUUUACAUGGAGCAAAACGCAAAGGAUGAAAUAUCUUCAAAGUUAGAAGCCCCGCUGAGGAAUUUGACCACGAAAAUCUGCGACCUGUUCCGACUGCUGUACCUGUCCCCCCGCCCACCUACGGAUGCCAUCCAGAAGGCAGUUUUAGACUCCAAGGAGGUGCUGGUCCAUCAUUUCAAAGACUAUAAGGAAUACCUAGCUGUCAAAGCUCAGAGAAAUGUCACCAUGACUACAUAUUUAGAAGACUACCCUGGGUUGGUUCAUUUCAUCUAUGUGGAUCGGACGUCCAACCAGAUUACAGCUCCUUCUAUCAACAUAGCCAGUGAUGAGCAGCGCUCACAGCAUGAUGCCACUCAGCUGCUUAAAGAUAAGGUUUGGCAGAGGUGCAGCUGGAUUCAGAGCAAACUCAGCCAGGGUUACACAACUCUUACUGUCAGAGAUGGCGAUUUCCAUUUUGGUUACUUUCUCUGGUUUGAGGAUAGUGCAGGUAACCCGCUGACAUAUCAGCAGCCGUUUAAACCAGAAUCUGUCUCAGUUCAGCCUGGUGUAAUAGCAGGAAACUUUUACGAUCAGCUGAUCAGAAGCUGCUUCCCUGAUGGGAUUGUGGGAGGAAUCCACUGUUUUGAGCUGGUGACAAUGCAUGUGGGUGUGGUGCCCACACAGUAUGUGGUGAGUCACUGUAGGAAGCUGGCCAGUCAGUUGUGGGAAGCCUUCACCAUCAGUCUGCUCUGAGGACUGAGGGGAUUGUCUUAAGCCGAGUUUAGACAAUGCUGAACAGAAUUCAACAAAAUCAAAAUAUGUGAGCUGCUAAUAGAUUUUAGUCAAAAGAUACGAAUCAUAAGAGGAAAGAGCUUGGUCAGUUUUAGCAAUUCAGUAUAAUAAUUAGUUAAACCAUAUGAAUGGGGCUUAACAGAUGUAUACUACAACUGACGUGGGUUUUGGAUGGACAUGGGUUUCCAUGGGCUCUGCCCACUUUCCUCUAACCGUAAUGCUGGCUGCCAUCGUAUAAAUGAAAUACUCUUGAGUUCACCAUAAAACGCCAAUCAAAAUAAAUGAAUAGAUAGGACUGAUAAGAGCCUCCAAGCUGUCAGUGUUGUACAGGAAGGUGUCUCAGAGAUAUUACAGACAAUCAAAGAAAUUUUAGUUAUGCUGAAAAAAUUCAGAUUUCUUUCAUGACUGUCAAUCUGAUCUCAGACCGCAUACCGCCAAUAUCUUGUUGAGGUGCGGUGUAAAACUGUUUUUAUAGCACAUUGUGAUGCAUCAUCAAAUGACGCUCCUGCCUUUGUACAUGUACUAGUACUAUUCAUGCCUUGAUGAUGAAGCUUUAUUAUGUUCUGUCACUCUCUUGUAAAGGGAACUCAUUUAAAUAUUUUUGUAUAUAUGUUUUAUGAAGGUUUGAUUAAAAUGUGAAUUUGGACCAUUAUGGAUUUACUGUAGGUUCAAAUGUGUGAAAGUAAUACUUAAGUGCAAAUGAAACUAGAUGUGGUCAGUAGUUUAACAAGUGUUAAUAAGUCAUAAUCUGUUUUAAAAGAUUGUCUUGGUAUAGGGAGGUAUUAGAACGAGACUUAUAUCAGUAUAGAUGCUGUUUUCCCCAUUUGCCGAACUGUUAGUAUGAUAUUUAUAAAUCAAUAUAAAUGUAUAUGUAAAUUUGUGUAGAUAGAAAUCAUUUUUAGUAUGGAUCUUUUUUUGAAAUAUGAAUUUACAAAAAAAAGUUUUUUUAUGGUGUAAAUUUUCAUAAAAUAUAAUCACAAAGCCUUAUAAAAGCCUUAUAGAUACAAGUUUUACACAUUUAUUCCUAUCCAUUUGUUUUAAUUUGAUUGUCGUUAAAAUGCCAUGCUGCAGAAGUUUUGACUUGUAUGACCACCAUUCCGUAAGCCAUUACCACUUGCCAGGUACCUGACAAGUUUUAAGUCUAACCACUGAUUUCAGUUUUUAGGCAUUUGGUAAAGAGUGAAAGUCAUGGUUUCCCCUGAGCACUAACCACUGCUUUAAGUCUUUAGGCACUUAGUCAAGAUGGAGUCAUGGAUUCCUCUACUAAAUCACUAAAUCACUAUCUUAAGUCUGCAGGAACUUUGUGAAAAAAGUUCAUUAUUCUUCACCAUGUACAAAUGGGUUGCUUAUUUCUGCAUGAGCUUUUCUAGUCCAUCUUUUGGGUUCAGAUGUAAUAAAGAGACUUCCAGCGUAUACU